AAACCUUUGACAACUCUAGGUACCCAAAGCUAUUUCUCUCAAAAUUCGUCAAACUGUUUUUUCAAAUUUCCUAGAAUGAAAUGAAACUGCUAAUACUACUUUUAUUCUCGAGUUUGGUUCAAGGACUAAACGCUUUAAAUAAUAGUUGUAUAUCUUGUUCAAUGAUCAAAAACAAUCACGGCCAGCACACUGGUCACCAGUGUCAUCAUGCUGAUCAAUUGGCCAUAACCGACAAUUCCAAAAUGUUUCAAAAUGAAUUUCCGCAAUGCGUGCCAAAUGAGUAUGAGAUAAAUGGAGGAAUCACUGAAUACUGCUGCUUUUGGUCGCCGGAAUUGGGCUGUUCAGUACUAUUUGCAGCAAAAUUGGGUGAAGAUCAUUUAAAGGCCUGCACUCGGUGUCGUGCGUAUUGCUUUGGGCCAAAUAACCAUGAUGGCGAAGACAAAAUACAUAAGAAUUCAGGACACGUUAGAUCAAUGGACAUGGCGGUUGUUUUGCUACUUCUCACUUUAUCAAUUUUUCUCCUAAAUGGGAUGUUGCAAUGGAAUUUUAUUGAAAUGUAAUUAUUUUCGAAUUGUAAUGUAAUAAACAAAGCAAAAACAAUA